UGUUUUUUUUUUUUAAUGUAAAAAUUCGCAGCCUCUUUGUGCCGAGGGUUAAAUGAGAUCUUUUCAGUUUGCAUAUUAAAACGGACCCAGGAAAUAAGAUGAUGGUGUAGAGUGUUUUUUUUUUUUUUUUUUUUUGUAAUGAUUGUGGCUCUCAUGCCCCUACGAAAUGUACUGAGUGGAAAACAAUCGAUCCGAGCGGGAGAAGAAGGUGGUCCAACAAAAGGAAGAGUGACUGUGUACCUGGAAGUGGAACAGGCAGGGGCAGCUGCGAAGGAGAAACUCCUUUCUGAGAACUAUGCUUUAGCGCUCUAUCAUUGGUCGUCUUCAAUAUUAUUUUGUUGUUUUUUUUUUUUUUUUAAUGAAACACUUAUAGUGAGUAAUAACAAAGGUGUAUGGCGCUCGUGCAGGGCUCUCUAGGCACCCGCAGCCUGUAGACCCCGAUGCCCGAACUCCGGAGCCAUGCCUAGCCCCCUUUUCGACCCAAAAAUAAUGGAGGCUGAGAUAGUAGCGAGCAACCAGCACUCCGGCAUAGUAGUGCUUCCCGGCGAGACGGAGCCCGAGUCCCGGGACGAAGAGGCUCUCCGCUUCGCCCUCGACCACUUGUCCCUCAUCGGGGAGAAGGACCGCGGCGACGGCGGAGGGAUGGUGGACCCCCUCGACAGCACCGACACGAACCCCGAGAGCUGCGCUGCUUUGGGAGGGGGCUUCGGCGGCUUGCAGUUGCUGGAGCGCCCUGCGGGCUCCCCCAGGUCCCCGACGUCCUGCUCCCCACCCGAGGACUACUACUACUCGGCGCUGGGCGAGCCGGGCGGCCGAAAGCGGAGCGUCAACAUGACGGAGUGCGUGGCCGUGCCCAGCUCGGAGCACGUCGCCGAGAUAGUGGGCAGACAAGGUUGUAAGAUUAAGGCACUGCGCACAAAGACCAACACCUAUAUCAAGACCCCAGUACGUGGAGAGCAGCCGGUGUUUAUUGUAACUGGGCGCCGAGAGGAUGUUGAGAUGGCCAAGCGAGAGAUCUUGUCUGCUGCGGAGCACUUCUCCAUGAUUCGAGCAUCUCGCUGCAAGGCCGGCAGUGGGUCUGCACCUGGAGCUUUACCAGGGCCCCCACAUCUGCCGGGGCAGACUACCAUACAGGUCAGAGUCCCAUACCGUGUGGUGGGUCUGGUCGUGGGCCCCAAAGGGGCUACCAUCAAGCGUAUCCAACAGCAGACCCACACCUAUAUCGUAACCCCAAGCCGUGACAAAGAUCCCGUGUUUGAGGUGACAGGGAUGCCAGAGAAUGUAGACAGGGCACGAGAGGAGAUAGAGACGCACAUCACCUUGCGCACCGGGACCUUCGUCGACCUGCAAGGAGACGACUUCCACAGCAACGGCACCGAUGUCAGCCUGGAAGGCCUGGGCACCAUGAGCUUGGGGAGCACCCUGUGGUCUAGGCCCAGCCGUCCCACCCCGACACCGCCACCACCCCCACCUCUUCCGCUCUCACUACACCAGUCCGGCCGUAAGAUGACAUCAGCCUCCUUCACCUCUGGUGGGCUUGGAUCCGAUCCGUAUGGUGGGUCACGCGGGCCCCAAGAAAGCAGCAGCCCUACCAGCCCAUUCAGCACAGGUAGCGGUGGCUUCAGCUUUGGCAGCGACCCUGCGCCUGGCCUGCCCGCUGCAGACGAGCUUGGCUUUGAGUUCACCGCUGCCCGCAUUUGGAGACCUUUCUUGAACGGAACCCAGAAGCAGCAGCAGCAGCGCCGCAACAGUAGCGGCCCGAGCGGAGGUGCAAUCACCCCCCGCCUGUCACCCACCCUGUCAGCAGAUCCAGCUGCCCUGGAGCCGCCGCUGACCCGGCGUGCUCAGAGUGACCCUCUGAGCACCCUCUCGUGGCUGCAGGCUGCUAACACCACAUCCUUCUCUGCAAGCAGCAGCAGCAGUAGCGGUGGGAGCAGCACAGGUUACUCUUCCUCCAGUUCCGCUGGGGGUUCACCUACUGAGCCGGAGGGGAGUGCCAGCGGUGCCGGAAUGCUGGGCCUCUUCAAGGCAGGGGCAACCGCAGAGUCCACCAAGGACUGUUUUGUGUGCUACGAGAGCGAGGUGACCGCUGCACUGGUACCAUGUGGCCAUAAACUGUUUUGUAUGGACUGCGCUGGUCAGAUCUGCCAGUCGGGUGAACCCAAGUGCCCCGUUUGCCAUACCCCUGCCACGCAGUGUAUCCGUGUCUUCUCCUAGUUAGUGGCAGAUAUGGGUGGAAAGGAGCAGUGGUACAAGGAGAGAGCCGCACAGUCGUCUGCCCACUGAACGACUGUUGCCGCGCAUCUCUGGACUUCAGCAAAUUGUAUUCGACGAAGGAAUAAUAGCAACCGUAUUAGCCAUGAUGUUAACUGUGAUUUUUAAUUAAAAUGAAACUAAUAAUAAUAUUAUUAUUAGUAGUUAUAAGAAUAAUGUUAAGUAGAGGUGAUUGUUUCAGAAGGUAAGAGUUUAUUCAGUGUCAGAUUUAGAACUCUGAAGUUAUUGUUCUGGAGUUUGGGAAAGAAACCAGUGUCUUAUUGAUCUUCAGGAGUUCAGCCUAUUGUCAUUUUUGUCUUUAUACCUUUUUAUGGUUCAAAUCAGUACUACAUCAUUCUCAGAAUUUUUGAGUUCUGUUAAGUUAUUUAGCAAGGGCCUGGUGCACUUUUCAAAUGCAUUUUGUACUUUUGUAUUUUGUUAAAUGUAUGGUGCAAGGAGAGAGUAUAAUAAACAAGAUGAGAGGGGUCAGGUAUUGUAGUUGGAUGUUUUUAAAUUUAUGCCUUUUUUUAUAUUCUGGAUCACUGGGCAGGCUAUGUUUUUAGAUGUAGAACUACCUUCAAGGUAUUAAGUUGUUCUGGGAAUGUAAGCAUUUAUGAAUUUCUCCCCAUGGUCAGUUACGAGUUUUAUUUGUCUUCCAGUUCUCUGGGAAGGCUGUAUUUCUGUGUUCUUUAUCAGUUUACAGGCAAUCCUUUUUUUCUGUGUGUGUAUGAGAGAAUGGUUAAAAACAGUAGGAUAGUGAAAAGAAAUUUAGACCAAAACGUAUACCUAUCAUUAUAGUACUGUAGUUUUCUUUGUGUUGCUGUGGAUAGAAGAGAACACGUUAAGAACAAUUAAUUUAUGCACAGUUGCUGGGAACAGAUAUCUUGUGUAAAGGAGAUGUCUGACUUGAGUAGCGAAGGCUAGUUGAAAAGACCUAGAUACGUAUGAGAUGCUAGAGAUCCCUGUAUGGUUUCAGCUCAGUAUCACAGUUUAGGUAGUAUUUGGUCAUGAGUAUUGUUUCAUAAAUAUGGACAAAACUGAGUAUGUUGAUGGGUCCUUGCAUGUGUUAAAUUGUGGACAGCUGGUAAUAUGACACAAAUGGCUUCCUAAGCCAGAAUCGCAAAGCUUUCCAGGUUCUAGGGCACGGGGUUUGAAAAUUCAGACGCGGCAGGUGGUCUGUGGAAGCGUUUGCAGGACUGGAUUUGGCUGCAGAAGGUGACCUUGCACACUAAUAACGUGAGAAAUGCUGCGGAAAAUCUGUCCGUUUUGAGUUGACAAGCUUGUGUUGUUAGGAGAUACCGAUUAGCCGGUGCAAUACAAACGGACGCGCUUUACAAUAGACAGUACAGCCCGAUUUGGCACUGGUGAAAUUUCCAGACAUUGUCUGUAGGAGGUGCUGUUGAGCGUCACAAUCGGCUUCACUUCAUUAUUGCAUUAAACACGCUUAAUGUGACGUCCAGAUUGCGACAAGUAAGUGUUUCGCUGGCCGGAUUCACAAGUACGUGGUAUUUGUGAUGACUUUUUUUUUUUUUUUUUUUUUUUUAAAUAGAUUUCUUACCACUCCUGAUAUCUUUGGUCUUCCACUUGUGUAACUUUCACUCCGUUUGAAACAUCACAUCUCUGGAGCAGCCCUUGUUGUCAGUUACUAUUUACACAAAGGAUAUUUGAGAAAAGCCAUAAGUAACAAGCGCUCAACAGGGUGUCCAAAGCCCCAUCACCGAAAUGUUCCACUGUUAUUUACUCUCUUGAUGAUGAUGAUAAUAAUACAAGUAACUAAUGGCAGCUAGUUAAUAUGCAGGGCUUCCAGAGACCGUGCUCUCCCAGUGUAUGGAAUCCAGAAGAUGGGCUUCGGCGUUGCUUCGUCAUACUCCGUUGUUUCUGCUGGAUGGAUGUGCGUUUUGCCCGUACGAUCUGCCAUCUCUUCUUUAGUCUUUGCUUUGCUGUGCAGUUUGAAGGCGCAUGAAAAGACUCAUAACAAACUUGCCAUCAUCUGAAGGUUCUUUGUUUCUUACUUCUCUGUCCAGGCAGUCGGGGAGGUUGGUCAUGUGCUUGUGGAGGCAUUUUUUUGUCUCAUUCUGAUGAGUUAGCAAGCAGAAUUUGUGCAAACGUGCUGUUGUCUCGUCGGAAGGCCCUUACAGUGACAGUUGGGGGUAGCUUUACAAAAUGUGUAUUAAACGGUUUCAGAGGUACGAUUCCGAUGACUGGAAUGUGAGCCAAUGUGCAGUGUGUAACACAAAGCCUUGUCAACUUUCUUUCCCCUAGACUGCCCUCUCUCCUCUUGCUUUUGGUACAGUUUUUUUUUUUUUUUUUUUGGUUUUUCAAAUUUAUUUGCUUUUUAUGGCAGUACUUCCAAACUAAGUAUUAAGAAUGGAAGUUUUGUGCAUACAAGUACCAAUGUGGAGAGUUUAUUUUUAAAUAAUUUACAAGUUCAGUCUGCAUGCCUUGAAUCCACUAGGCAGGAUCUAAUGUAUUUGUCUUUUGUUAAUUUGCAUACGGCUUAAAUAUUCCAGAUUAUGUGACACUUACUGUAAUUUUAUUUCCUUUGUACAUGUAGGCAAUUUAUAACAGACAAGACAACUUUAU